AAAAGGAUGGAAGAGAAAACAGUUAAGAACAUGAGAUAUUUCAGGAUUUCAAACCAAACCCAGCAUCGUUCGAACUUAUCUGUCUCUCGUUCAAACCUCUCUCUCUCAUGGCUUCUCUUCUUCUUCUUCUUCCUCUCCUUCUCUUCUUUCACUCUCCCCUGUCUUACUCAAAUCCCAUCAUUCUACCCCUAAAAACCCAAAAAAUCCCAUCUUCGUCCAUCCCAAAACCCCCCAACAAGCUCUUCUUCCACCACAACGUCUCUCUCACCAUCUCCCUUUCCGUCGGUACCCCUCCUCAGCCCGUCACCCUCGUUCUUGACACUGGCAGCGAGCUCUCCUGGCUCCGAUGCUGGAAAUCCCCAAAAUACCCCUCCUUCUCCCCCCUCGCCUCCUCUUCCUAUUCUACCCUUCCCUGCUCCUCCUCCACCUGCAAGACCCGAACCCGCGAUUUCCCAAUCCCCCCUUCCUGCGACUCCAAGAAUCUCUGUCACGUGUCCCUCUCCUACGCCGACGCGUCAUCCACCGAAGGCAGCCUCGCCAUGGACACCUUCCGGAUCGGCGACUCAACCCGACCAGGGACGAUUUUCGGCUGCAUGAACACGGAUUUCAGCAGCUCGCCUCAGGAAGACUCGCAAAAUGCCGGCAUGCUGGGCAUGAACAGAGGGUCUCUGUCCUUCAUUUCCCAGCUGGGUUUUCCGAAAUUCUCCUACUGCAUAUCGGGUCGCGACUCGUCCGGCGUGUUGGUGCUCGGCGACUCGGACCUUCCGUCGUUGACUCCACUCAACUACACUCCUCUGAUACAGAUAUCGAUUCCGCUCCCGUAUUUCGACCGAGUAGCGUACUCUGUCCAGCUAGAAGGGAUUCGGGUCUCCAACAAGCUGCUGCCGCUGCCCAAGUCGGUAUACGAACCCGAUCACACUGGGGCGGGUCAGACCAUGGUCGACUCCGGGACCCAGUUCACCUUCCUUCUCGGGCCGGUCUACACGGCGCUGAAGAACGAGUUCGCGAAUCAGACGAGCCGGGUUCUUCGGGUCUUGAACGAACCGGGUUUUGUGUUCCAAGGAGCAAUGGAUUUAUGCUUUAAAAUUCCGGUAGCGGAACGCGUGCCGGAUUUGCCGGCGGUGGUUCUGAUGUUUCGGGGGGCCGAAAUAUCCGUAUCGGGCGAACGGUUGCUGUAUCGGGUUGAAGGGGAGAUGAGAGGCGUUGAUGCGGUUUGGUGCUUCGCGUUUGGGAAUUCGGAUCUGGUGCCGAUGGAGGCGUACGUUAUCGGGCACCACCAGCAGCGGGAUAUGUGGGUGGACUACGAUUUGCAGGAGUCCCGCGUCGGGUUUGGGCCCGCAAAGUGUGAGGUGGCGGCCCAGAAGCUGGGGGUGGGGGUGUAGGAUGUGGGCCCCACUGGAGAUGCGGAUGGUUUCGACGCUUCUUUUCUCGGAAGAGAGGCUGUAGGAAAAGGUGUUCAGUGUCCUGCGGACAACCGAGAGGUAGGCUGUCUUGAGACCUGUCACGUGGGUGGGAAGAUGCGGGCCCGAAACCAUGACAUGAUCGGACCAGUUGCGAGUUCUCUCUGAUUGUUGAGGUGAUUCGCACAAUGAGAUAUCGUGGAGUUAUUCACGUCUUAUGUGACAAUGUGGCGCACAUGUAUGAGAUCCAGACCACUCAUUAGGUGGAUCCAUCUUCAACAUACGGUGGGUGGGAAACAAAUAUUAGGUGGACUGCAAGAGUAGGCUGUGAAUAUUGACUGUUGGCUAUUCUUUUCUUGACCGUCCAUUUUACUCACAAACGUGUCUCACCUAAUGAGUGGAUCAACUUUAUUAUUAGGCUACGGCGUUUUCCACGACGUCCAUCACCUGAUGAGUAGCCUGGAUUUCGCACGAUGGUGUUAUGUUGGCAUGUGUACCGCGAAUGGUUUUCCUAAUUGUCCUCGCGCGAAUUGUCCCAGUAACACUGUCGGAGAAGAUUUGACUUUCGCCGACACGCAGCUCGCACGUGUAGCAGAUGGAGGCUUGCAAUCGUGGGAUUUUUUUGCAUUUUUGUGAGUCUUCUCUGACUUUUUAGUUUGCGUAGUCUGUGGUGUGUGCAUCCAUUGGUGUUUCCAUCUGCUUUAAAUCUAUCAAGUAUCAACGGCUGAUUUCGGUGUACGUCGCCAGCAUUGGCAAGAUCCAGACCGAUCGUUAGGAAUCCAUCUCGAAUGGGCUACACUUCGAAAUCGUACUGACCGAAUAAUCAUAGCCGUUCUGCGGGUGUAAAGAAAGAAAAUGGACGGUCAUAAUAAGUGGAAAAGAAAAAGUCCUCCAAUCCAGAAGAGCUGGGAUUGUCCAAUGCGUGUGGAUUUUGUAAUAUGGUCCAGUCAGGGGUAGGGUCAAAUGAUCGGUUCGAUCUUGUUCACCUCCCCAGAAAUCAAAGCAAAA